UUAAGUUGGCAAUCAAAAAAUAAUUUUUUUACCUGAUAACCACCUUAAGCAAUAAACCACUAAGUUCUAUUACGAAAAAAGAAUAGUGACAGAAUCUGGGGAUAUAGAGAAAAUAGGAAAAACCCACAAACAUAAAGAGAGCUGCUUCAAUAAAAAAACAGCGGUGGAGCUCAUCAAAUACCUAAAAGAUAAUACUAACCCGAAAUUUACCUAUUCCAGAACACAGAACAACAAAAUUUGUUUUAAAGUACGAGCUGAGACUUCAUAAUAUAAUAAUCGAGAAAGGAAGCGAAAGGAGGGCAGCAAAGCUUUUGAUAAGGGUACAAAAGUCCACAAACACAACACGGACAUAUUACUUUUAACAAAAAUGUUAACCGACAUAGCUUACCUGUAUUAUUUAUUUCAAGAAUAUACUUUAGUUUUAAGGAACCUUGUUUGGUUUGUCUCAUUACUUUAUAUCAUUUAAUAGGCACCCUUAUUCUUUACUUUUUAUAUUAUGUAAAGACUGGUAAUCCACACAGAAUGUACUUUAUUUAGAUUUUUUCUGAUUUUAUUAUAGAUGUGUUGAAAAUUAUUUGUUGUUAUGUUAUGCAUUAUUUAUACUUUCUGAUGCGGUGAGCGUACAUAUUUUUAUAUGCUUGUUAGGACUAGAAUGUAUAUUGUAUACCCAUCAGUGUUUUACUGAAUUAGGGUGUACAUUACCAUUUUGGUUGAAGCUAGGUGAGUAUAGCUGUAUGAGGAUAUAUAUGCAUGUUUGAAACUCCCCUUAAUACUAUAUACUUUUUUAUAUAUUUUUCUAUACCAUCUAGCCUAGCAUCUACACAACAGACCUUACCGUGCCGAAAAUUCUUAUAUUGCGAGUGAUGUGAAUCGACAACCAUGCAUACUUACACACAAAAAACUUUUCCUACCUCAAGCAACAACAAGAGUCAAAAGUGAAUGCAGAAAACUUAUUACGAUAUCAAUUAAUGAAACAAAAAGAAACAUGCGAGAUAAGUCAAUCACGAAUCUUUGAAAAAAACAUCUAGAAGAUAACGAAUUGGAACUAAUGGAAAGAGGGUUGAAAUGGAAUGUAAAACCACUACUAACCGACUUUUAAUCUUUUUGAAACAAAUUAGGAAGUUGAAAAGAAAAUCUACUGUAAAAUGUUUUUUUCAGAAAAGAAAAUUAGGCAGAAACAAUAUCAUUAAUGAACAAAAUAAUAACAAUAAUAAGUCUAAUAACCAAUUCAUAAGACCCAAUCCAAGUUGGAUGCCACUAGUCGACAAAAACACAAAACUGAGGAGAUUCUUCUCCAUAAUUUAAAGCCAAACUUAAAGAAUAACGAAGGAUAACAAACACAAAGACACUACGAACAUAAAACCGGGAGAGUUUUUAGUACUAAAAAAACUCAAGAGAGAUUGGAAUAUUAUCAUUAAGAAAACGAAUAAAGGUGGAAGUAUUUGUGUCCUUGAAUACGAAGGCGAGUUACUCAAUAUGUUAGAAAAUAAAGACACUUACGAAGAAUUAAAUCACAACCAUGCUCCCCUUAAUUGAGGCUAGGACCCUGCUCUUCUAUGGUCUUUCCAAAUUGCAUAAAUUGGAUACACCGUUAAGACCAAUAGUUUCUGGAUGCGAUGGCCCCACCAAUAAAAUCUCUGAAUAUGUAGUAAAACACCUACUGCCAAUGUCUAAAUCUCUACCGUCAUACUUGAAGGACUCAACAGAGCUUUUAAAGAUUUUAUGUGGUAUCCCGUUACCAGAAAUGAAUAACAUGUUAAUUACAGCCGAUGUAGUCACUAUGUAUAAAAAUAUUCCCCAUGACGACGGGAUAAAUGCAGUGAGGAACUUCAAUAUUAAUAAUUGGAACUCAAUCAUAUGUCCAGAUAAUCUGUCACCUAUAUUACCCAUUGAUCAUUUUUGCAGACUAUUGAAGUUAAUUUUAGACAACAGCUCUUUCAUGUUUUGGACCUUUCAUGUUUGGACCUUUGGAUCUUCCACCAGAAAUUCGGAACUUCUAUGGAUAUUAGGAUGCCCCCCCCCAUACGCUAAUAUCUUUUUGGGGGAACUAGGGGCCAAUGCUAUAAACAUAAAAAACGAAGUUUUUCCCGUAAAACACGAAGUUUUUCCCGGAAAAAACAAAGAAAAAAAAAGUCCAUUGCUAUAAACAUUUAAAAGUUUGCGUUUUUAAGAUAAAAACUUCGCUAUAUAAUCCAAUGUUAUAAACGAACAAGGGAAUCGCUUUUUCAGAUAAAAAAUGCGUUUUUUCGAAAAAAAACUUCAGAUAGAUUUUUGAUCUCAAUAUUAGAUAUUUCUUCGUGAUUUUUAGCGCCAUUCUUAUAACAACGCUUUCGAUAGUAAUUUUGGUUAACCACAUUUUUCACAAUGUUUGACUGAAGAAAUGUAUAAAUAGUCGACAAAUAAUCUAUAUAAUGCACAAAUACACAACAAGAUAAAAUGCUGUCUAAAGAACUUAAAAUGUUACUAGCAAUGAAGAUCAGAGAUAACAAAGAGGUUCUUCUUGGGAAACUUAGUCCAUGUGUUACUAUGAGGCAUAGAAAUGGAAUUUGGGAAGAAAUACUGUCAAGUUUAAAUUGUCUAGGGGCUAAAAUUGAAGAUAUUAACCAGCUACGUAGUAGAGAGUGGGAUUAUUUACGACGAGCCACAAUACAAAAAUUUGCUAAAAGUCUAAAAACAGGUGCUGCAGGAAGACAACUUACAGAGUUAGAUAAUGUUGUUUUAGACAUUGUUGACAGGAAGUCUAUAAAUGUAUCUGGAAUUGAUGUUCCAGAUUUUAAUAUCUCUUUUUGUACAAAAGAUGAUGCUUUGUCAUCUACUACCAACCAACUUUCCAGUUCCACAGCCAUCUUUUCCCCAUCAAGUAAAGAAGUAAACUUUACUUUGAAACAAUCUUCUGAUACAGCUUCUUUGUCUGAUACACGAUUUGAUCGUAUGUCCUCCUCCUCCCCUCAUUUAGACAAUACCACUCUUGUUGGUGAUAGUCGUCCAAUGCUUCAAGAUUCAACUCAAAAUAAACCAUCAAUAGCGACAUUAAAAAAUUUAAAAAGAAAACAAGCUCGAGAAAGUCUCUUGGUAGAUGGAAAUUUCAAAAAAUUGAAAGUUAGUGUUUUAGGGUUAGAAAAAGAAAGAUUAGAAAAGGAACAAGAAUUAAGAAUUAAACUUUUGAAAUUGGACGUUGCUCACAGACAACAGCAAAUUCGAAAAGAAAAAGCUUUAACAAUAUAUUACACAACAGCAACAAAGCUAAUGAAUGACAAAUUGCAACCUUUAAACCAGCAACAUUUUAAAAAUAUAGAAACGGAGGAAAUUCUAGAGCAUUAAGGGAAGAGCUAUAUCGUAAUUUUAUGUUAAUUUUCGAAAGAUAUUGUAUAACUAUAUUUAAACAUUUACUUUGAAGGUAUUUAACUGUAGAUUUUUUUAAAGAAAAUAAAAAAAUAACUCCAACAAUUGUUAUUGUAUUUA